AUGGAUAAAAUUACAGCAUCAGUUUCAUUCAUAUCAUCAUGGAUAGAUACCGUUUCUUUUCAUCUGGUGUCGCUAUUAUCAUUUGAAUCAGAUUCACUAUUAUCCACUACAGCCGCACCACGGUCUUGGACAUCCCUUCAUUUACAUUGCUCUCCAUGCAAUUACAGAUCGCAUCGAGCUAGAUACCUUGGCUUGACAUUUAAUACACAGCAUAUGCAUUAUAAUAACUACUCGACAGUUUUGCCUGUUUCAAAAGAAUUUAACCAUUUUAAUCAGUCUCGAUUCUACUCUUCACAGACAUCUUGCAAUCGGCGAUGGCUUCGGAUCAAAUCUGAACUCGCGCCGCACCAACAACCUGAAAACCCAUCUGCAGCUGCAUUAGCAUACGAAGGUUUACUUGGUCCACUUCGUAACCAUCAAUCUCCCAUAAAAACUUAUUUAUCACCAGAAAUGGAUCACUCAGAUCAUCCCACAGCCUCUCCUAAACCCACAACGCUCUCACAUUUACUUAAAACCUCGUCUGAUCUUCAAGUAAUUUUAAAGGCAAUAUCUGCUAUUGAAUUCGAUAAUGUAAAUACAUUGAAUUCGUUGGCAUUCAUGCUGACAGAUAACGUUAAAUAUAAUCCAACCCUGAGAGAUCACUGGUCUACCGUGUGUUUAGAGGUUAUUCAAUGCGCUGUUCCUCUAAUGCAUUUAUCUGUUCAUCAUGUGGUAUCGACCAUUUGUCGAUUGCUUGAUACGCCGCUUCAAUCUGAAUCUAGCAUGCUAAUCAUAGAAAACGAUGCUCAAAAUCAAAUUGACUCAAUACAGCAAGGCAUAUAUAGUAAAUGUCUUGUGCCUUUUGUUAUUGUAUUGACUAAGCGUACAGACACACAAUUGGAAUUGCUGAUGCAAGUGCUGCGCACUAUAGUAUUGGAUAAAGGUAUUCAACCCUCAGACGAUCUUAUUCAGCCUCUUGAUGCAUUUUACACAAGACGACUAUCUGCCUAUCAUGACGAUGCUUCUCAGCUACUUCAAACAAAGCGGAUCUAUAAUGAAUUUAAAGCUAAACGAGCCAAUUCAGCCCAAAGCACCCAUGAUACUUUAUCGAGUGUUUCUUCACGUCGAUAUGACCCGCGUUCACAAGUAUAUGAUCUAGUAACGUAUGGUUUUAUAAUGACAAAAGAUUUGGACAGUGCAGUUAGAAUGUUGAAUCUACUCAUGACACAAUCAGCGUAUCCACUCUCCAAUGACUGGAUUGUACAUCGAAUCAUGCGAGUUCUUUUUUGGAGCCGGUGCCUACUUUCUGCUCUGGCUAUUCUUUAUGCUUUUUUUCUUCCAGCCACAAUAGACUCCACUGGAGCACCAGACUAUUUUGGCAUUCCUGCAGAUCUCAAUGGACCACGAUCACGUAUUCGCGAUAUCAAUAUUCGUCCUAUUCAAGCUUUACCGGAUCGCAGACUCGCUUUAUCCCAUGACACAGUAAUGGUGGUUAUUGGUGGACUUUCUAUGAACACCUAUGCUGAUGUUGCUUUAAAAAUUCUUAGUUCAGACCAAGUGAAAGCCAUGGGCAUACAUGGUCAUGUUGGUAUAUAUACGAGUAUUGCUCAUGGUGCACUGCUUGGAUACAAUCCCAUGGUGGAUGUUGCUUCGGAAUGUAUGCGUCGGAUGGGUGUGACACUAAAUGGCGAGACACUCUCCACUACUUUACCUGCAUCGUCAAUCAAGGAGCAUACAGAACCAGUAAUGAAACCCGAUCUAGCUGUUUGGACAGUAUUGUUUCAUUUAGCAAUACGAUCGGGCGAUGACGAAUUAGCUCAGCGUGUUCUUACUACUGUUUUAAAUUCUGGAAUCAAAAUGGAUGCACGGUUUCUUCAGCACUUGGCGCACUGGUAUCUGCUUCAUGGACACUACCAAGAAUAUAUGAAUCUUCUUCAAGACCAUAUCCAUGAUCAACCCACAUAUCUUGUGCUUGUCAAGACACUUUUACGAGUAUAUACUCAAAAACCCAACUGGAAAGCCGGGUAUUCAUCUAGCUCAACAGAAACUGUGGCAAAAAGACAUUUUGUUGGUCAUGUUGAUUAUAAACCAACAGUGUCAAACAUGGUGCACAAAGUGAUUCAACACAUAUCAAAAGAUGUUUUGUCCAGUGAAUUUGAUUCGUACGGAUCGUAUACGACUCUUAUUUUGGCGGUUGCAAAAGCUCGAGUAGAAGAAGCCAUAGAGUGUGGCAAAGGGAUGGAUGUAGCUGAACAAUGGGUUAUGGAUUUUUUGCAUCGACUAGGAGUAGGAAUGGACAGGACAACGCUAAUGGUAUUUGUGAGUGGGUAUUUAAAAUUAGACGAUGGUAUGGAAAGAGGAAUGGAGUGGUUUGGUUUUAUGAUUGGAUGGGACUUUGAAAACAACUGCAUGCGCGAUCAGCCUCGAUGGGUUUGGUGUUUGGAUUCUGAUGGUACUGAGAAAUGCAUACACUGGAUGCCAAUUUACUUACCAUCAGCCAUGGAUAUGCGACUUGUUAUCAUUGAUCUUAUUCAAUCCAAAUCUACCAAACCGUUACUUGUUUUUCGAGUUAUUCAAGCCAUUCAAGCAGUACAACAAUCAAACAGCAAUUUAAAGAAGGAUGGAUAUACCCACAGUAGAAGCACGUCGUGGUAUACAGACGAUCGUGGUGUCAUGGAUAUGUUUAUAGUGCAGCGAGUGUGUGAAUAUCUGGAUGUGAAUGGCAUGCAAAAAGAAGUUUUUCAAGUGAUGGAAAUGACAGGAUUGACCAAAACCAACGAAUGAAGAUGGAAACAGCUGUAAAAAUGUCAUGAAAAAGUAUAGAAAAUAAAGUUGAUUCUUGCUGGACGCGCA